CUCGCUGCCUGCCCAGCGCCUCUGCCGCCUCCGCUCGCGCACGUCCUCCGCCCGCCAGGCACGCCUGCCCGUCCGGCCCCGUGCCUCAUGUCCCGCCGCAAGGCGGGCAGCACGCCCCGCCGGGUGGACCCCGCGCCCGCCGCCAGCUCAGACGACGAGAUGGAGACGUCGGAGCUGGAGAUGUCGGAGCUGGUCAUCGAUGUGAAGACCGAACCCGAAACGCGGCCGCUCCAGCCCGAAGCGCUGGAGCGCUUCCUCCUGAAGGAAAUGUCCACGCCGGAGCACUUGGGAGCCGAACCUCGCCACUCGCCCCGGGGCCCCGUGGACGCCACGGCGGCCCUGCAAGACCUCAGAGCCCAGGACCCUUGGGCAAUGUGGUCGCCGCUGACCGUAAGCCUUCCGGACCGCCAGCCCUGGCCCCAGAAACACCCAGAUCUAUUGACCUGCGGCCGCUGCCUGCAGAAAUUUCCGCUGGAAGCCAUCACUACCUUCGUGGACCACAAGAAACUGGGUUGUUCGCCCCUUAGCAGCCCCGACCCCUACCUGAGUUCAGAAACCAAGGACUUCAAGAUCCUGAACUGCCUGCGCUGCGGCCGGCAGUUCACAGGUGCCUGGAAGCUGCUACGCCAUGCCCAGUGGGACCACGGACUGUCCAUCUACCAGACGGAGUCAGAGGCGCCUGAAGCCCCGCUGCUGGGCCUGGCUGAGGUGGCCGUGGCUGUGUCAGCUGUAGCAGGGCCAUCAGCGGAGGUCAAGGGCUCCCGGGGGAGCCCCACCUGCUCCGUGUGCAAGAAGACCCUCAGCUCUUUCAGCAACCUCAAGGUGCACAUGCGCUCACACACCGGUGAGCGGCCGUACGCCUGCGACCAGUGUCCCUACGCCUGCGCUCAGAGCAGCAAGCUCAACCGCCAUAAGAAAACCCACCGGCAGCCGCUGUCCUCAAGCCCCUGCGAGGCCCAGGCCUCCGCUGCCCCACCGGAGCCAGCUGCCCACGCCGCUGCCCCAGCCACCAGCACCCUCCCGUGCAGCAGGGGUGAGGGGGCCGGGGCUGCUGCCACUGCAGGCAUCCAGGAACCAGGGGCUCCAGGCAACGGGGCUCAGGCAGGCCCUGGGGGAGAAAUCUGGGCACCUGUCCCCGAGGAAGAGAGAACUGAGCAUGUCAAGAGUCCCAAGACAUCCCCCGGCAAGAUGUCCAAGUCGUUGGUGGGAAAGAGCCGUGGGCCUGGGGGCAGCUGCGAGUUCUGCGGAAAGCACUUCGCCAACAGUAGCAACCUGACCGUGCACCGGCGCUCGCACACCGGAGAGCGGCCGUACGCCUGCGACCAGUGUCCCUAUGCCUGCGCCCAGAGCAGCAAGCUUAAUCGCCACCGCCGCAUGCACGGGCUAGGGCCUGGCAGCACCCGCUUUGAGUGCCCCUUCUGCUGUGUGCCCUUCGGCCUGCGUGCCACCCUGGACAAACACCUGCGGCAGAAGCACCCCGAGGCAGCCAGCAAGGCCUGAGCAUGGAGUGUCCUCCGGCCAGCCCUGUACCCCUGCCCAUGCUGUGUUGACUUUGUCUUUUUCCCUCCCCUUCCCGUGAAUAAAUGGUCCCGUCUCCCCUUGGA